AUGGCCUCAUGCUCAUCGGAUACUGGCAACUUGAGGAAAGAUGAAGAGGAGGAGGAGGAAGGCCGCCUUAAAGUCAUGUCUAAUAACCCCGAUUAUGAGCUGCUUUCUUAUUCAGCAUGCAUACCCUCAGAGCCUUUACAGGAGGAGACCCCGAUAGGGGAGUAUAAGUAUCAUGCAGUAGAGGAUCAUGAUAAUCGAGCAGCAGCAUUGCAGAGGGUACUUCUUGAACGAAGAGCCUUGUCUCGGGAUAUGGUGAGGUUACAAGACUCUCUCAUGGCUAAGACACAGGAGAAUCUAUUGCUUCGUGGAAAACUUGGUAUAUCUGAACUUGAACUGGAUAGGAAAGAAGACAUUAUACGAGAAUGCAACCCUGUCAUCAUCAUCAUCACUUACAGACUACAUGCCGACAACAAUCGUCUAUUAUGUGUAGUACAAGCUAAUGGGCUGGAUAUAGGUGGAGGAGGAGGAGGCAACAAGCAUCAUCGAUCUAUGGUAUCAUCUCCUGCUACUACUACAGCUAGUAUAGAGUCUGAGUGUGUUAUACCUCAGAGUAAGCCCAUGUCGGCUGAGGAGGAAUACUUCCGUAUGGUUGUAUUAGCUGUUAAACUCAACUCUACUUAUUUGGAUAACCUUGGACUAUUUGAUCCUAAGGACCUCUAUGGAAGGGCAUGCGAAGAGAAGGUACCCUUCCAUCAAUGGCAUAGAUGGGUCGAGUCCCAGAUGAUUAGAGGGGUGUAUCGUCCUCUGGCGGGAUCAGCUCCCGGCGUCGAUUCAGAGGAGGUCGGCAGAAAAUCUACCCAGGAUGAUGACCAUCUGCAACAAGCAGGGUAUAACAGGGACUGCACCGAGUGGUGGCAGUGGCUUCUUUGGUAA